ACACUGAAACACACAUAUGAAGCAUGAUUUUGCACUGCUGACACACACAUAGACUGACACACAGCCUAAGCCACGGAGAGGGACACUCACUGCUGCUAAUCACUGGUGGGAUGGAGGGGGGCUAACCGUGUGGACAUCUUCAGUCUGUGUGGGUUUUUUUUUUGUGUGUAUGUUGAUUUUUUUUUGUUUUUAUAGCCGCUGUUGAUGGAAUAAUGAUCUAACACUCUUUAUGGGACUAUCUUCUUGCAGAGGAUAUAAAGAAGCGAACAGAAAAUGUGCUGUGGGCCUCCCAACAUCAACUGACAUCUGAGGAGUUUAUUUUGUUGGCGCCCUGUGCUGAGGGCAAACAACUUCACUUUCAUUCAACAUCCCCAUCACCACCGUGCCUUGGUAGUUCUUAUCCCAACUUCUUGGUCCUCUGAUGCCCCCAUGACUCCAGUCCGACAGGCUCCCAAACAUCCCUUCAACUUCUACAGCUGUUGGAAAUACCCACACACCAGGAGCUGCUGUCCUGGGACACCCCAGGGUCACCUUUGCUCUUAAUGCAUGGCUCCCGACAGGACUGGGGGCAGAGGAAUGAGGAGGAACAUGUUCCUCUGGUGGAUCUUACUACUGUUCUCCCAAGGAUUUGUAUUGGAAAACGUCCGAGGGGAACUCCCGUUCAUGUCUGGGAACAACGCUGCCAUGCUGGUCAACUGGAACGCUGUUGACGGAAACAAGAAGUUGUUCGCCAUCUAUGACACGAGCGUCAAUGAACCGGGCAACAUGUCUUUCGUGAAGGAAACGGUGGAUAAACUACUGAAGGGAUAUGAUAUUCGACUGAGGCCAGACUUCGGAGGGGCUCCUGUUGCAGUCGGGAUGAGCAUAGACGUGGCGAGCAUAGACAUGGUGUCAGAAGUCAACAUGGAUUACACACUGACCAUGUAUUUUCAGCAGUACUGGAGGGACAAGCGUCUAGCCUACGUAGGAAUCCCCCUCAACCUGACCCUGGAUAACAGGGUGGCCGACCAGCUCUGGGUCCCCGACACCUACUUCCUCAACGACAAGAAGUCUUUUGUCCACGGAGUCACCGUCAAGAACCGAAUGAUCCGUCUGCAUCCGGAUGGAACCGUUCUGUACGGCCUGAGGAUAACGACAACAGCGGCAUGUAUGAUGGAUCUCAGAAGGUAUCCCCUGGAUGAGCAGAACUGUACUCUGGAGAUAGAGAGCUAUGGCUACACCACAGACGACAUCGAGUUCUACUGGAAAGGAGGCGAGUCGGCUGUAACGGGGGUGACACGGAUCGAGUUGCCUCAGUUUUCCAUCGUCGAUUACAAGUUGGUUUCCAGAAACGUAGUCUUUUCUACAGGUGCCUAUCCUCGACUGUCUCUGAGCUUCAAGCUGAAGAGAAACAUCGGCUACUUCAUCCUGCAGACGUACAUGCCAUCGAUCCUGAUUACUAUUCUCUCCUGGGUCUCCUUCUGGAUAAACUACGACGCGUCGGCAGCCAGAGUGGCUCUAGGGAUCACUACUGUGCUCACCAUGACAACCAUCAACACCCACCUGAGAGAGACGCUGCCCAAGAUCCCUUACGUCAAAGCCAUCGACAUGUACCUGAUGGGCUGUUUUGUCAUGGUCUUCCUGGCCCUGCUGGAAUACGCUUUUGUCAACUACAUUUUCUUCGGAAGGGGCCCUCAGAUGCAAAAGAAGCUGGCUGAAAAGGCGGAGAAAACCAACAAUGAACGGGCAGCCAAGUAUGACGCAGCAAGGGCGGAACCGCACGGCCAUGGGAACAUCCUGCUAACAACCCUAGAGAUCCAUAAUGAAGUGGCUGGAGGCGAGAUCACCACCAGCGUGGCGGACAUUAGGAACUCUCAGUCCAUGGUUCAGUUGGACAGCACGGCCUCGUCGCACAUCCAGUACCGCAAACAGAGCGGAGGGAUAGGCCCGCGUUCCGCCAGCCGCCACUCCCUGGACCGCGCCGCCCAGAUGAAACGGAGCCGUCUGCGGAGGCGGUCCUCGCAGCUCAAAAUCAAAAUCCCAGACCUGACGGAUGUGAACGCCAUCGACCGCUGGUCACGGAUCAUCUUCCCUUCAGUGUUCUCGCUGUUUAACCUCGUCUACUGGCUCUACUAUGUCUGAUUGGACUGUUCUUUUGAGGUGUUUGUUGUUGUUUGUUUCUUUUCUUUUUUUUCUUUUUUUUUGUUUUGUUCUUUCCUUUUCUGUUGCUUUUAUACAUGAUGGAAACUGUUCGAGUUAAAGACUGCAACAAAACAAUACAAAAACUGAGAAAGACUACUGAGUUUUGGACCAAGUUAUCCUCAGUUGUUUUUAUAUUUGCAGUCUUUGAAUCCUUAGUCUUUUUAUUUUCUAAAGUAUGUACUGUAAUUGGGACUUGUGACAGUCAUUUCCCAUCAUCUGCCCUCUCAGUAAUGUGUAAAUAGAGAGAUACAAAGCCAGCAAUUAAAUACAUACUACAGUAUUUGCAAAAAAAAAACCAGAGAAACCACUCUAAAGUUUUUUCUAAUCAAAAACAUGAAUCAUUAAUAGUACUUUAUACUAUACAGAUGGUUAGGUAAGUGCAAGCAAUUCCAAAAUCCAUUAAACAAACAAACUGCUGUAUGUUUGACUGAUACCCUAUGCACAAUUACUGCAUGUCAUGAUCAGCCAUAGUGGAAAAUAACCUCUCUUUUGCCUCUGAUUAUGUCACAACUUUAUAGUGCAGAUCAGAAACUCCUUUUCAGAAAACAACAGUCGAUGUGUAUUUGUCAUAGCGUUAAAAUAUUUGCUAUUUACUAUAUCGUGCAUUAAUCUGGUAAAUCUUUACCCAAAUACAAUAAUUUAAAGUCAGGACAUUGUCCUCAGUUCAGGAUGAUUGUGACUCAGGUUCUGAAUUUUGCUAUUUGGCAUUUUUUUCUUGAACAAAAAGAGAAAGUGUCAGUGAGAUUUUUUUUUUUUUUUGGGUAAUUUGAUAUUGAAAUAGAGCAACAAGCACAAAAGUGAAUAAAACUGCCAUUUUUUUCACGUUACUCUUCUACCUUCUACAGAGCUCCGAGAGAUAACACGACAGAAUUGCACUCAAAUUUAUCAGACUUCCUCUAAAACCUGUCUUACUUUAAUUUAAAACAACUGCCAAGGGCCUUUUGGGCGUUACAGUUUCUCAACCCGUAAAAUAUUCUAAUAUUUUUGUACUCGUGUCUUCAGGUAUUCAUUUAAUUCCCAAACCUGUCUUGUUAAGAACAUUUUUUUGUUGAUUUGUUUUUGCUCAAGACUUACUCUGUUGUGACAAUAGAGUGGAAUGAAACUCCUUUUUGUACAUAAGUACAUAGGUGUGUAUAUACAUAAAUGUAUAUAUAUAUACUGUGUGUACAACCCAAAAUGAACAUGAUCAAGUAUUGAGCAUUUGUGAUUGUCACACUGGCUAUUAAAUGUCAGACUAUUUAGUGCAAAAAAAAACAAAAAAAAACAAAAAAGACAUGGAUUAAACAAAUUAAGCAACAGGUCAGUACAAGCAUCUGUUUAGUUUUUGAGGGGCGCGCCGAACACAUUUCUUCUCAAAUCAUUUUCCACUUUACACUGUAUCUUCAUUCUCCAUUUGAGAGCUGCACAUACUGGAGCAAGUGAUGCAAAUGGAUUCCAUUGAUUCCGCAGACGGACCGUGAUAACAGGUCUGUUGACUAAUAAGCACAUACAAGCAUUGAAUGUAUCAGAUCCAUUCUUCAGGGAGAGAGGAUAAUGAGCCAUGGUCAUCAUUUCUCCAUCAGAAUAGGAAUGUAACACGCCCAUUAUUACGCUACCGCGAGUGAUGGGAGGGGAGAUGGCGUUUAAGGGUGUGUGCAUGUGCAUGUGUGUGUGAGAGCGAUGGGAUAUGGACAGGGAGGGCCUGAGAUGGGAAAAAGGCCGUGGUUAGAUCAUUUAUUUUCUGUGCUGCUUGCUCAACUAUGGACAAAUGUCAAAGUAGAAUAAUAUUUGUGAGUAAAAAAAUAGCUCUCCUGUUUGACUCUUAUGAUAAACUGUGCCAUUCCACCACAGGUCGCAGAGCAAUCAACCAGUUGCAACUCAUGAUGUAAAGCAGAAGCAUUCUCCUCCUCAGUCAUGGAAACACAUCUGCUGUUUGUGCAUGUACAAAAACAUAUAUAGAGACAAAAAAAAAACAAACCUUUUGAUACUGAGAGUUCUGGUUUUGUCGAAACACAAGUCACUGAUGUUUCAAAGUAGGGACCAAUUUCUUUUCUUUCAAAACCUGGAAUUGUGAACGCUGUAGUUUUAUGUGUACAGACUGAUUUAUGAGCUGAAUGUAUUGUACAAGAAUUGUUGCUGCACAUAAAUGAAUUGAGCUCAAACCUGAUCAGUGUACUGUAGGGCUCCAAGUGACUCCACAUGCAAGCAAAUCUGUCACUAGUUCUUGUGCUGGUUUCUACUGUGUAGACAGGACUGAAGUGCAGAUUUGAUCGAGGUCCAAGAAACAAGAAACUGAGGCACUGGCUUAGUGAAAUAAUCCUUUUACUGGUGUCAAAAAAAAACAAAAACAUCUUGCUAAAAGUGUUGAGUUUGAUUCUGGGCACAAAGCAAUGUUUUAACAAUCUCAUGCAUUAAAAGUGAAGCAGUGUGAUAGUACCGGUCUGUCCAAAGAUGUUUAAAGCUGCUUUGUGUAGUUUGAGAUGGGAGAUUUUUACUUAUAAAAUCUAAAAAUGUAUGUAAAUAUGAGGUAAAAAAUCCAAAAUCCCUAAAAGCUGCAACUGUUUUACAUUGGUUAUUUGGUUCUUCUACCCUCCUUCACAAUUACAAGCCAAAAAAAGAUUCCUUAUCGGUCAUGUGGUGAGAUUUGAACCGGUGCAGAGUAUUUAACAGUUCAUUGUAUGAGUCAUUUUUAUUCCCAAACUACAUAGUGCAGUUUAAAAGUGCAAGAGAAGGAAACUGUUACAAACUCUAGAUACUUGUUUAACAUGCAUGCAACUACAAUUCUUUCCUGGGGAACAUUUUUGAGAAAAAAAAAAAAAUGAUUGCAAACUCAUUAAUGAGAGCUGCUAACUGCUCAUUUUAGAGAUGACAUUAUGCCAUGUGAGCCUACGUGAAAAAGACAAAAAAAAAAAAAAAAGUAUUUAAAAAAAUGUCAACAAGUCAUCAAA